AUGGCGCCCACUGCAACCACCGUCAGCUCGUACAACAACAACAGUUAUUACUACUGUUACGAUUGCGGCUACUACAUCCCAUCGGGCUACUACUGCACCCACUCCUACUAUGGCAGCAACUACAACACGGCCCGAAAUGUGAACAACUCAGGGCAUGAGGUCGUGGUGGUCAACCGUCGACACCAUUACGACGUGGUAUCUCAAGAUGGACUUCGUUAG